UGGGAGCCACCACGUUUAGAAGAAGGAGCUGCAUUUGAAUAGAAGAUACCACCCAACUUCAUGUUCAGCCAUUUAGCUUUAGUCAAAAUAAGCAUCCUUACCGUGCUUUUGAGCUGAUGCCCUACAACAGACCGUACCAGUCUACUGCAUACACUGCCUUGCUGCAAUGAGGGACUGUAAAAGAGCCCGCAUAAACAAACAGCAAGCAGCCAUCUCGUGCCAGCUCACACACGUGUGUGCAUGUGUUCACACUGGUGGAGCCUGGAUAAGAGCUGUCAGGAGAGCUUUUUAGCUGGAUUGAGGCUACCAAGUGAUAGCGAUCUUGCACCACCGUUUUAGAGGACUGGCACCAAAAAGCCUGUGGUUAUGCCAAGUGCUUUACAGGACAAAUAACACUCCCUGCUUCCUCAACUGCCUAAAAAUCAAGCCAUUGAUACUGAGCUUCUAUCUGAAUACGGGAGGAAAAAUGCCAGCUUCUCUAAGAAAACUGCAGCAAAUGGCUGUUUUCAUGGGACUGUUCAGCGGCGGGGGAUGCAUCGUGAUGUAUAAUCUUAUGCAAAAGAGUUUUGCCAGGACCCAGUAUUAUCAGCAGGCUUUGGAGCAAUUGAACAAUAAUCCCGAUGCCCUGGAAGCCCUGGGUGCCCCCCCUCUUAAGGUUCACAACAUCCGACUGACGGAUGGGAGUAACCACGUGGACACAGAAAGAGCACAGAUAAAGUUACCAGUAUCUGGAACAAAAUCAGCGGGGUACCUCUAUAUUAACUCAGAGAUGGACCACUCUCGUCAAUGCUGGUGCCUUCAGGAUGUCACCUUGAAACUGCGGGAUGGUCAGAAUAUUCCAGUUUACCACUCCCCGGCGGAAAGCAUCGGUGUGCAAGAAGGCUAAAAAUCAAAGGCAGCUGCUUCUCCACCUCCCAUCAAGCCGAAGGAGCCAUUAAUUGAUUGCAUCCCACUGCGUCUGUGAAUGUACACAAGUGACAAUUUCACUUAAGUGGCUGCUCUCAAGACAAUUUCCUUUCUAAGAUUGACCUCAUCAUUGUCAUAAUUGUAAUUUCUUUCUUUUGCUGGUUUAUUCAUGUGUUCAGCAGAAGCCUAAAAUAAAUAUCUUGCAAAAGACUUGCUGUUUC